GGAGAAAAUAGCCAUUUCGGAAAUGGUGAAUCCAUUUGUUUAAAAAAAAUCACCAACCAUCUAAGGUAUAAAAAUAGAAGAUAUCCGUUGUUCUCAUCACUAAAAAGAAAUAGUCUUCCAUCAAAGGUGGGGAAUAAAAUAUCACAUUCUUUAAGUCAUCUCCCAGGAGUAAUUUUUCCCAAGGUCUUCAUGCGAUCAUCCUGCUGAUUCAAAAUUAGGGACAUCCAAACAUGUUGGUGACAAAUUUCUUCAGAGCAAGUAAGAUAAAAACAAUUUCUUCCCUUACUUCUGGUGGGACAGCAAAGAGGACAAAGAAGUGGGAAUUUUCCAGCAAACUCAGAAGGCUACUCUGUAGGUGUAAAUUGUUUGUGACUUAAAUAGAUAUAUUUUGUUAGAUGUAGCUGAUACAGGAACUGAAGUUACCUUGAAAAGACUCCGCAUGCUGGGCUGCUGAGAACCCAAGAGUGUUUGCACUGCAAGAACUGUGAUGGAUAUCAGUUUAAAGACAAAUGAAGAGACAAUGGGAAGAAAGGCUGAAGAGAGUGGAAGAACUAGCUUCUUACUAUGAAAGAAACCCUCUUCCUCCAGUUUAUAGACCAAAACUGUCCGAACCCUUUCUGCCAUCCUCUGUUUGGAAAAUAUUUUUUCGUCAGGCUGACGCUUUCAGUUAUGUAAAAACCUGCAAAGAGGAUGUUCAUGUAUUUGCCUUGGAAAAUAACACACAAAGUGGACAGAGGUUUUACCUUGUGACAACGUACAAACAGCUUUGGUUUUAUUACACCAAAAGUUAUAAAACAAGUCUUACACAUUGUUAUGAAGUAAUUCCUGAAAAAGAUGCUUGCAAACUUUAUUUUGAUUUGGAAUUCUACAAACCAGCAAAUCCUGGUGCAGAUGGCAAGAGUAUGGUUGCAAAGUUAAUUGAGCUUGUCAGCCAAAAAUUGAAAGAGCUGUAUGAUGUAAACUGUUCAUCCAAAGAUGUCUUGAAUUUAGAUUCCAGUACUGAUGAAAAAUUUAGUCGACACUUAAUAUUUCUGCCCCAAAAUACUGUAUUUAAGGAUAAUAUUCAUGUUGGUAACUUUGUGAGAGCUGUUUUGCAGCCUGCCAUGCAGUUAAUGGAGAGUAAAGCAGCUGUUGUGAUUUCAGAAGGAGGAGAAGGACAUGUUUUCCCGUGUUCUGCAGAAGCAGUUGGAUUAGAUGGUUCUCUUACAAACCUCAUAGAAACUGAAGAUGCUUCCAAAGGCUGGUCAGCCUUUGCUUGCCAAACAAAGGAUGUGGAAACAACACAACAGGGAGAAAAUUCAGAAUUUUCCUUUCUAAUAGUAAAGGAUAAAGAAGGAGCCAAGCAACUUUUUGUGGAUCUAGGAGUUUAUACAAGGAAUAGAAAUUUCCGGAUGUAUAAAUCAUCAAAAGCGGGAAAAAAUGUGAUUCUGAAGAUAGCAGAGGAUAAUCAGUUUGUCCCUAACUGCAAAGAGAAAGUUUCAUUGGAAGAAGCAUAUUUUCUUUCCUCUUUGAUCUGCAACAUUAGCAUGAGGGAUGACACAAAAGUUCUGUCAGCUGGCUUUUCAGAGGAGGAGAGAAUGCCUGCUUUUUUAAACAGGAAAACUACCAGAAGCAGCAGAGAUUCCAUGGAAGGUUAUCAGGAGUCACCAUAUCCAGAAAUCGAUUAUUUUGUUCGUUCUUUGGUUAAUAAAGACGGGGUGCAAGGAGGGAUAAGGCGAUGGAAUUAUUUCUCUGAGGAAGAACUACUUGUAUAUGAUAUUUCUGGUUACCGUUGGUGUGAAAAUAUUGGAAGAGCUCACAGAAGUAACAACAUAAUGAUUCUGGUAGAUCUAAAGAAGGAAGUCUGGUAUCAGAAGUGUCAUGAUCCAGUCUGCAGAGCACAAAACUUUAAAUCACAAAGUUUUCCAUUACCACCUAGGAUAUGUCUCCCGUCUCUUUUCAAAGAGGAAGAAGAGUGUGCGCUAGUGGAUGAAAGAGGGACCACAGAAGAAAAAGUAAACUCACAUUCCAAUGUAUCAGACUUGUCAAAAAGCUCAGUAUCUCUGGAAAAAAGCUUGUCCGAAGGCUUGCUGUUGUCAGACAGUGAAUGGGACAAUGCAAGCGAUGAUGCCUCUCUCCUAGAAGCUACUGAAGAUGUGGAACUAGUUGAAGCGGCAAAUGACAGUCUGAAUCAUACCAUGGAAGAAAUUCCUGAUGAAGUUCUUUUGGAAGCUUUAAAGAAGUAGGACACUUGUAAUAAAGGUGGCAGCUAACCACACACUUGGCUGGCAAACAGGUCACUAGCAAUGAAACCUGCUUUAAUGCAAUGUGUGAGUCGCAUGCUUUCUGUGAAAGAUACCAUGAUGUAGGUAAAAAAUGCUCUUCCAGAGCUGCAAGACAAAGAGCCGAGUAAGAAACAAGGGUGCUCACAAGUGGAUGAUCUUCAACAAACACAAGGAGAUGAUGGAAGAUUACAUGGGCGCUAAGGAGUACUGGACUGAAAACUUGUCAUGAUGCUGCUCCAAGUUUAGCACUUUUGCUGCGCAGUUUCUACUUUGUUAGUUGUGUGUCCAAGUUUUACUGAUAAGCCAAGCAAAAUAGAUUACUUCUAGAAAUGGGAGGAA